AUGACAGGUCAAUGUAAUGAAGUUUACAAAAUUGAUAAAGAUAUAACAUUACCAAAUUUUUUAAUUAUGAGAACCUGUGUAGAUAAAGUUGUGGCAACUACAUCCUCUGGAGAUUAUGUUAGAUUAUAUAUAAUGUUUAACUUUCAAAGAAAUUCUGGUUAUUUCUUAAUUCAAUCACUUUUACCAGCUGCUUUAAUUGUUAUUGUAUCAUGGAUUGCAUUUUGGAUAAGUAGAGAUUCACCACCUAGUAGGACAAGUUUAGGUGUUAUGACAGUUCUUGCAAUGACUCACCUUUUAACAGGAGUUAAUAGAAGAUUACCACCUGUUAAUUAUGUUAAAGCUGCUGAUAUUUAUUUAGGUUUUUGUUAUCUUAUGGUAGCUUUUUCAUUAUUUGAGUAUGCAGCAGUAGCAUUUAGUAAACGAAGAAAUGAAAAUAAAAAAAAGAGAGAAAAUAAAAAGGGUAAAGUUCAGUAUGAUAGUGUUUGCCUAAAACCAACACUUCCAGAUCCAGGUCAUGAUGUUCGAUUGAAAAUACUUCAAAAUUUUAAUGAAGAAAGUAUAGAUCAUGAAAUAUGUACUUGUUCACAACAACCGGUAACUUCAUUAUUAUAUCUUAGUAGAAAAUCAAAUAAAUUAAAACCUUAUGUUAAAGAUAGUCAUAUAGAUCGAGCAGCAAGAAUCAUCUUUCCUGUAACAUUUUCAUUAUUUAAUGUUAUUUUUUGGUUAAUUGUAUAUAAUGAAUUAAGAAAAUCACAAAUUGAAGAAAUAUUUACGGACGAAUUAACUUUUUCUCUUAAUAAUAUAAAAAUGAGUGAAAAAUCAGAUCUCGUAAAAUGUAAAGAAAUGGUUUUGUACAAAUUCAAACUUGAUGAUUUAAGAUCUUGUUUACAUGGACUUUUCAGUAAUGCUAGUGGUAAGAAGGAUGAUCUACAACGGAGGUUAAGGACAUUUCUUGAAUCAGAUAAGACACAGAACAAAGCAAUAGAUGUUAUAUUUGAACGAGGUCUGUCCAUGGGUUAUAUAACAAAAUCUAGGCAAGGAGGGUUUGUUGAUAAUGAGCCAACUCCAAAAUAUGUUCCAAGAUCAAGUAAUCGUCAGCCGACACUAGAAACAAACAUACUUAUGAAAGAUUUAUACUUUUACAAGGAUGUCCAUAAUGUAACUGGAUGGAAAAUAAUUAAUGCCAAUGACGUUAGCCAAUCAGUUUUUUUGAACUUUAUACUGUCUAAAGAUUUAACCAAAUCACUUGUUUCAUCAAAAGAAAGUAAGGAACCAUCGAGAUCUUUUUUCCUUCGAUGUGCAAAUAUCAAACAGGAAACGCAAAGUGCACCAUUAAAAGAUUGCUAUCCUGUUUUAAUGCGAAUGUUUAUUAAUGGUCAAGAAUUUACCAGUCUUUUACCCCGUGAAAUAUGUUAUAGUAGUGUUGAUAGAAAAAAUCGUUUACCAGUUCCAACGGUAUUAAAUGAGGCACUGGUAAAAAUUUCUCAUCCUUUUAAUAGGGAUGUUCCUAUAAAAGUUGAAUUGCGUUACGAUAGAGAUGCAAAUAAAAAUGAAAGUUUCGCUUUUGCUAUAUUCAUUGCAUAUUCAAAAACAGUUGAAGAAAUUUGUAAGGAAAUAACAAGUAGAAAAAAAGUAACUUUUGAGAAAUUUGAUAGUGAUUUAAAGAAAUUCAUGUCAAAUACUGGAGAUGUUGCUUUAGAAUGUGCUAGAAUUCCUCUUCGAUCGUCUAUAACUUAUCAAACAAUAAGAAUUCCAUUUCGAGGAAAAAAUUGUAAUCACAUUUCUCCAGAUGAUCUUAAAGAUUAUAUAGAGAUUAACAAGAACAGUGAAUCUUGGUUAUGUAAAAUUUGUAAACAUGUUUGUACUCCAAAUGACAUUAUGGUAGAUGAAUUUUUUAUGGAUGUACUUAAAAAACAUCCAACUAUUGAUGGAAUUGAACUUUAUCCAGGAAUGAAAUAUAAGUUAUAUGGUGGUAGUGAAAUUUUAUCAUUUGGUGAGUCUACUUCUGCAACAAAGAAGAAUGAUGAUGUAAGUAUUGUACUAAUUGACAGUGACGAUGAAUUCAGUAAUAUAUCAAGUUGUCCAAGUGCUUCUGGACGUAUUUUUAAAGAUGAAUUGAAGCAUAGUACCACAAAUAAUGUUAAUAAUUGUAGCUCAAAAAAUAUUGAAUGUAUAGUAAUUAAUGAUAGUUCUGAUGAAGAGCCUCCACAAAAACGCACAAGGGAUGAAGAAAUUCACUACGCAACAAAUGAUUUUUCUAAUUUAGAUAGUUCUUUAGAAAGCUUUACUCUAGAAAAUGAGGUAAUCAGUUGUAAUAAUUUAAAUUCAAAUGUUAAUGGAAAUAUUGGAUUUAUUCCUGAUAUUACUAUAUCAAAUGAUUCUUUUCAAUCUGAUCAACUAACGGAGACAAAUGAUUCUUCAAAUAUUCAAAUUGAGAAAUUACCUCCUAAUCAUACUGAAAAUUGUUCUUUAAAAAAAUCAACUACAGCAUCUACUUCCGGGAGUAAUAUAAAAUUUAAUAUUGAGAAACUUAGUGAAAAUUUUAAUAAUAGUAAUGAUCAAUUCGAUGGACUUUUAAAUGGAUUUACUGAUAAUAAAGUACAUAACAUAGAUAAAAUUUUAGAUCAAGAGGUAAAGAAUGGUAUUCUACCAGAGAAUCAUUUAGAUUUACAAAAUACGAUUAAUGUAAGUUCAAUGUUUCAAUUUAUUGCUCAAGAUUCUCCUAUUCAACAAUAUUUUGCGUCGGUAAAUAAUGAAAUGUCUAAUUUAAAAGAUCACAUUAGUGAAAUUAAUAAUAUGUAUAAAUAG